AUGGAUCUAGAAUUUGAAGACCACGAGUAUAUCGACUCCGAUGCUGAAUCCGAUUCCUCGGAGGGAGUCUAUUUCAAGGAAAACAGCGGCUUUUCGCCAUCAUGUGGUCUCUGCAGGUUUGACUUCUAUGAAGAUGACAGUGUUGUCGUCUUCAAAGAAAAGUGUGAACCGUGGACGACUACCUAUAAAAAAUCUGAAAUUUCGUGGACCAUCCACUAUUCCAAACACACCUUCCAUGCCGAAUGUGUUGAUCUGGCCCAACAGCAAGGUUUAAUGACCGAUCAGCGACUCGAUCCUGGCAUCUAUAAUGCAACUAUCCUUGAGCCUUUGGAAGCAGGACGAUAUCCUCCCCCUUCAAUCCAAACACGGCGCCUGAAGUGGCUCGAGAAGAGCUUUUCCGAAGAUCUCUGUCAGAUACUCAACGGUCGUCUACCUCGUGAAGUAUGCGAUAAUAUUGCACAAUAUUGUCUCCGAGAUCGAGCAGUUCAGGCCAUUCGCGACCAUUGGCUUCGGAAAGAUCGACCGAAGCCAGGUCGUAUCUCCGUCGCCAUAGACGGCAACUCUCUUUGGGCUCAGUAUGUCGAGUUUGAAGGGAUUGGCUAUGUCAGGUCCCUCUCUUACCAUUCUCUUGGUGGUGAUGAGUCUCAGAUCUUAUCAGAGCCAGACCCUGGCCGCAAUGUGAACAUAUUCAUUGCGCAUAGUUACCACGGAGUUACUGAGAUUAUGGCAACCUCGGAUAACGACAUACCUUCAGUCAAAGAAGAGACAGGAAGGUGGUGGACAUUGUUCACGCCUAGUAAGAUGCCGUUCUACCUUAAAGCAAAGUUUGAUGGAAUCAAGCUUCGAGACCUGGCAGCUUACAAGUACGCCAAAGGCCAGCCCAGGUUUCCAGAAGAUCUAUGGUGGUCAGUCCUGCCAACAACCUUAGAUCCUAUUCCUGAGCCCUCAAUUCCCUGUCAUUCGUUCCUCGGUAGCGAGAUUAUCUCGGCUAUUGAUUGGAACCAGCCCGAUGUCAUCGGGUACUCAUUCUACGGAUGGGACAAUACCAUCAUGAAGAUCAUUCCCCACAAAGUCGGUGAGAAGCACCCUUACGACUUCGGCACGGCCAUGCAGCAUAGAUACUCUUGGGUUUACUUCCCUAUCGACUCGGGUGAGCGUAUCUCGGAAUUUUGGAUUCGCCGCUAUGGCAUCAAGCUCCCUAGUGGCAGUCCUAACCCUGUUGCAACCCUUAUACUUCGAACAAGUAAGGGCCGCCUGCUCACCCUUGGCCCUCAGCUCAAGUAUCAGCAGCCUGUGGGAUACAAAACACAUGCCAAGUAUGACCUCGUCGCAACUUUGCCACAGACCGAUCCCUGUCGCAUGUACUUCGCGAACUGGGAUACGAACGGCUCGUGGAUGAGGUUCGAAGGUGCAUCUACUUUCAAGAAGCUCAACCUACGUGGCCGCCGGAACAGAAGGCUCGACCUGCUUCCUGACAACUGCAAAUACCAAUGCUCUUCUGCCGAACUUGAAGGGGUCCGAACUGUCACUCCGUGCAGGUACUGGGGCGUUCCUGGUGCGAUCCUUGGGCUUUUGCUUACCUACGAGGAUGGCCGCAAACGCUGCGUUGGCCAAGUCCGUCUCGACCAUCUGCUUGCACCAAUUGAGGUCACCUCUGAGAACAUGUGGAUUAUCUGCCCCGAGACAGACGAGAUCAGCUGGCGCGCUGGUACAGAUGAGGACGCGUCCGGUGUUUACUCCGUCUCGUUCGAGGAACCAGAUGAAGAUGAAUGGGACGGAAAAUGUAUCAAGAUUCCGAUGCGAGGGCGUCUCGACUGGUACUUCAGUCAACGUCAGUGCCAUCUGUCCCACCGAGACGACAGCGAGCCCCUGGACGAGUUCCUCGAGGUCCUGUCGCAAGAACCUGCGCCCGGUGUGCCACGCCGAGGCCAUGUGGUAAAGCCGCUUGAGGUCCUCGUGGGAAGGCACGUGGGUUUUAUGGAGAAUUGGAAUGUUGGAAGAAGACAGUGGCACUGA